AUGGAGGGGGUACUUGGAAAAAACCUAGUCCUGCCAGAGAGGCAAGGCACCAUCAUUGUUGGGGAUAUGCAAGGAGAGGGGAAGUAUUGCCAUAAGAGCCUCUGCCCCUGUGAGUGCUCUCAGGCAACAGGACACAGAUUACAAGAGGUCUGGGGACAGGUGCAAGCGCCUGCCUCCAUUGUGAGCUCCAGAGUCACCUACAAGACACCAAAAAAUAUAACAGGAGAUUCAGAAAUUCUUCUUUUGAGAUUUUCAGAGAAACCAGAACUGCAGCCCCUCAUAUUUGGGGUUUUCUUCUCCAUGUACCUGAUCACUCUGUCCUGUGUAGACAUCUGUUUCACUUCCACCACCAUCCCAAAGAUGCUGCAGAACAUCUGGACACUGAGCAAGGUAAUAACCUAUGAAGGCUGCAUCAUCCAGGUGCAUUUUUUCAUGCUGUUUGCAGGGUUGGACAACUUCCUCCUGACUGUGAUGGCCUAUGACCGCUUUGUGGCCAUUUGCCACCCCCUCCACUACACGGUCAUCAUGAACCCCCAAUUCUGUGCAAUUCUGGUUCUGGUUAGCUGGAUCAUCAGUGUCCUGCAUUCCUCGUUACAAACCUUAAUGACCUUAAGGCUAUCCUUGUGUAGAGAGGUGGAAAUCCCUCACUAUUACUGUGAACUCAAGUUGUUGAUCCAACUUGCCUGUUCUGACAACUUUCUUAAUGACAUGGUGAUGUUUUUUGCAGCUGCUCUGCUAGGUGCUGGUCCCUUUGUUGGUAUCUUUUAUUCAUACUCUAAGAUAGUUUCUGCAAUACAUAGAAUUUCAUCAGCUCAGGGGAAGUAUAAAGCAUUUUCCACCUGUGCAUCAUGCCUCUCAGUUGUCUCCUUAUUUUAUUUUACAGGCUUAGGUGUAUACCUUAGCUCUGCAGCUACUCAUAGUGCACACUCAAGUGCAAUUACCUCAGUGAUGUACACUAUAUUAAAGGUAUCCUCCACCACAUGGCACCAACGAACAUAA